AGCGGAGUUUGCAUAGGUGCAUUCAGCAAUGUCGCAUCGCAAGUUUGAGCGUCCACGCCAUGGUUCCUUGGGUUUCCUCCCGAGGAAGCGGACCAAGCACCACCAUGGCAAGAUCAAGAGCUUCCCAAAGGAUGAUCAGUCUAAGAGCCCGCAUUUGACCGCCUUCAUGAGCUACAAGGCAGGUAUGACUCACAUUGUCCGGGAGGUGGAUAGGCCUGGCUCCAAAUUGAACAAGAAGGAGAUCGUGGAGCCUGUGACCAUCUUGGAGAGCCCUCCGAUGAUCGUCGUAGGCUUCGUCGGCUACGUUGAGACUCCCAGAGGUCUCCGUGCUUUGACUUCGGUUUGGGCUGGGCAUUUGUCGGAGGAGUGCAAGCGUCGCUUCUACAAGUCCUGGCACUCUUCUAAGCAGAAGGCAUUCACCAAAUACCAGAAGCGCUGGAGUGAAGCCAAGGAGGGCAGUCCUAUGCAGGCUGAAGUGGAGAGAGCCAAGAAGUAUUGUCAGGUGAUCCGUGCCAUUUGCCAUACUCAGGUUGGAAAAGUGAAGAUCGGGCAGAAAAAGGCUCACAUCAAGGAGAUUCAGGUGAAUGGUGGAACCACGGAAGCCAAAGUGGACUUUGUGAUGGGCCUGUUCGAGCAGGAGGUGAAGAUCGCGGAUUGCUUCAGCCAGGAUGAGAUGAUUGAUGUCAUUGGUGCCACAAAGGGCAAGGGUUUCAACGGUGUUGUGACCCGUUGGGGAGUGACUCGCUUGACGAGGAAGACACACCGUGGGUUGCGAAAAGUGGCCUGCAUCGGCUCAUGGCACCCUGCCCGAGUGUCCUUCCAGGUGCCGCGAUCAGGUCAACGUGGCUAUCACCACCGUACCGAGAUCAAUAAGAAGAUCUACCGCGUGGGUCAGGCUUUAAAGGACGAUCCGGUGAAUGCCAAAACGGAGAACGAUCUCACAGAAAAGGCCAUUACUCCCAUGGGUGGCUUCUCGCACUAUGGUGAGGUCAACGAGGACUGGGUGAUGCUCAAGGGCACAGUCAUGGGUCCACGCAAGCGCCUCAUCACUCUUCGAAAGUCACUCUUGCCUCAGGUGUCGCGAAGGGCCUUGGAAAAGGUGACUUUGAAAUUCAUUGACACUUCUUCCAAGUUUGGACAUGGGCGAUUCCAAACCAGCGAGGAGAAGGCCAAGUUCUACGGAAACGUGCAGAAGAAAGCCAAGACUGAUGCAAAGGCUGAGAAGGACGAUGCCUAGAGGACUAACAAGACAUCAGAGAGCUGAACGCCUGCAGCGAAAAAGGCCGCGACAUAGGCAUCCAGCUCUCAACCACCCAUGUGCAAACAUACGAAAUCAACUACCCAAAGCGCCAAAGCAC